AUGACACUUCCAAUUACAUCAGAUAAUGACAAUAUUGAUACUACUACUUCUCCAGAACUUGAUGUUAUCAAGAAACAUCAUGGAGAGAUUAUUUAUGAACCUAAUGGUUUUGUUGCCAAGAUCUAUAGAAAAGAUAGUCAACUUAACAGACGUGAUACCUUUGAACAAUCCAUUAAACGCCACGAACAAUUUUUAUCUUUAAAACUUGGAUCAACACCAAAACAUAAAGUUAUUGAUAUAGGAUGUGGAGUUGGUGGUCCUCUUCGUGAAAUUGUUAGAUUGUCUGGAGCACACGUUACCGGAAUUAAUAAUAAUGGAUAUCAAAUUGAAAGAUGUAAAGCAUAUUCAAAGAAACUUGGCUUGGAGAAUUUGACUGAUUUUGUCAAAUGUGAUUUUACAAAUAUUCCACCAGAGUUGGAUGGGAAAUUUGAUUCAGCUUAUGCUGUCGAGGCAACAGUUCAUGCACCAAAACUUGAAAUGGUUUAUGGUGAAAUAUUUCGUACAUUGAAGCCUGGUGGUCUUUUUGCCAGUUAUGAAUGGGUUAUCACUGAUAAAUAUGAUGAAAACAAUCCUGAUCAUAAGCAAAUUAUUCACGGAAUUGAGGAAGGUAAUUCUGUGCCAGCCUUAGGUUCUUACAGUAAAGUGCUUGAAGCUGCCAAAAAUGUCGGUUUUGAAGUUCUUGAAUAUGAAGAUAUGGCUGUUUUAGAUGAUUCUCAUGAACCAUGGUAUAGCACUUUGAAAGGAAGUUUUUCAUUGAAUGGUUUUAGAAUGACUCGUCUAGGAAGAUGGACUACUCAUAAAUUUGUUUCUAUCCUUGAAACUUUACGUAUUGCACCACCAGGGUCAACCGAUGUCUCUCUUUUUCUUAAUAAUACCGCUGAUGCUUUGGUUAGAGGAGGAGAACUUGAAAUUUUUUCUCCAAUGUUUUUUGUAUUAUUUAGAAAACCUCAAUAA